AUGACAGAUUUCGUUAUUGAUAUAUUUGUUGCCACAACGUCCUCUUUUAUUUCAAGUUUUUGUUGUACAUCCAUCGAAAAUUUUCCAAGGACCAUUCUACAUAAGGAAUAAAAAGUAUAUAUGAAUAACUUAUGUAAGAAUUAUUUGGUCAUUUGGAGAGGGGUUAUUCCUCAAGCAAUAACUUAUAUUCCUCAUCAAUCACUAGCUUUUGCUUUUAAAGAUGCCUAUUCUAAAGUUUUCCAAAAGAAAAUAAAUGAUUAUAAACACUUAAAGAAUAUACUCAUUGGGAGUCUAGCUGGGGCUUCAACGAUGUUGGUUAUGUAUCCAUACGAAUUUGUGUCUUAGAGAACUAAAUAUUUAUAAAAAGUCGGAAAAAGAAUUGAUCUAACAUGGAGAGAAUGUCUAGUUGAGAUUUUUAAAAAUGAUGGCAUAUUAGGAUACUAUAAGGGGUUUAGUGCUUGCAUUUCCCCUGUUGUAGUGUUCAGAGGUCUGUAAUUUGGAUUUUACGAUAGUACUAAGGAUAUUACAGAUGCUCUUCCAUUUAUUGGUCGAUUGUUUUGGGUCUAACUCCUAACAUUUGUAUCUCAUAUUAUAUCUUUUCCUUUUUUCAAAAUAAUGCUCAUGAUGAAGGCUGACACUCUUAAUUUUAAUCAUUCACCUGUUCAAUAUAAAAAUGUGUUUGAAUGUACAAGUCGAGUACUGAAAUCAUAGAAGUUAACCUAUCUAAUUUAGGGAUCUACUCAACGAUUUUUAUUAGCCACAAAAGACGCUUUGACAUUAAUGUUAUAUUACAAUAUUCAACCAUAUUUUAAGGGAAAUUUCAAUCAUAAAAUUGAUAGAGUAAAUUAGAGAAAAGCAUGA